AUGCCAUUCGACGAAAUCACAAGAAGACAUGCAAAGAACCCUGCUUUGGCUAACUUUCCUAACUUGUCGCAACACAACAAUCUAAUGGCUAAAUAUCUCACACCUGAGAUUUAUGCCAAACUGCAUGGUAAGAAGACUCCAAAUGACUGGAGCAUUGAUCAGUGUAUCCAGACUGGUGUGGACAACCCAGGACACCCUUUCAUUGCAACAGUAGGGAUGAUUGCAGGGGAUGAGGAGUCCUAUGAGACAUUCAAGGCAAUAUUUGAUCCGAUCAUCGCGGCACGUCACAAUGGUUACAAACCAACUGAUAAACAUCCCACAGAUUUGGAUUCAUCAAAGAUUCAUGGUGGAGAGUUCGACUCCAAGUACGUCCUCUCAAGUCGCGUACGGACUGGUCGCUCUAUCCGUGGACUCAGCCUGCCACCAGCCUGUGCUCGUGCCGAACGUCGUGAGGUAGAGAAUAUCUGCAAGGAUGCUCUUGGCAACCUUAGUGGUGAAUACAAGGGGAGGUACUACCCCUUGUCUAACAUGACAGACGCGGAACAAGAACAACUUAUUAAUGAUCAUUUCCUGUUCGACAAACCAGUGUCUCCCCUCCUCACCUGUGCUGGCAUGGCCCGCGACUGGCCCGACGGCCGUGGCAUCUGGCACAACGACAAGAAGAACUUCCUUGUUUGGAUCAACGAGGAGGACCACACCCGUGUCAUCUCAAUGGAGAAAGGCGGUAACAUGAGGAGAGUGUUCGACCGUUUCUGCAAUGGCCUGAAGAAUGUCGAAAAGAACAUCCAGGCUGCUGGAUGGGAGUUCAUGUGGAACGAACACCUUGGCUACAUCCUGACCUGCCCCAGCAACUUGGGAACUGGUCUCAGAGCUGGCGUUCAUGUGAAACUGCCUCUUCUCAGCCAGGACAAAAGGUUUGACAGCAUACUCGAGGGUCUGAACCUGCAGAAGCGUGGCACUGGUGGUGUGGAUACUGCGGCUGUUGGCGAUACUUUUGAUAUCUCCAACAAUGACAGGCUGGGAAAGUCUGAGGUUCAGCUAGUCCAGUCGGUCAUAGAUGGUGUCGACACCCUCAUCAAGAUGGAAAAAUCCCUAGAGAGAAAUAUGCCAAUUGAUAGUAUGGUUCGUGCCGUUAGGCAAUAG